AUGAACCCCAACCACAAUAAUUUUUGGUCUAAUUUUAUGCAAAAUAAUAGCAAUCCUCCUUCUAUUCCAAUUCCACAAAACAACUCAUAUUUUGAAAAUGCAUCCCAUAACCCAAAUCAACUUCAUAAUCAAAAUUUCCAAAAUUCUAUUUGUAUUCCAAAUCCACAAAAUAACCCACAUUUUGGAAAUUAUCCAUAUCAUACACCACCUUACCCAUAUCAAUAUCAACAAUUUUCAUCUCACUCAACCAAUCCCACCAUAUCUCAUCGAGUUCAAAUAGUUGGUAGUGACAUGCAAUCUAAUGAUAAAGAGCUUGAAUCACCACAAGUUCUCACUCAAGGUGGGUCAGAAACUAUUAACCUUGGUGAAGAAAUUGGCUCUGUUCCUAUUACGAAUACACCAAAAACAAGAUUCCAACCAAAGGAGGAUGAAGUUCUUAUUCAAUCUUGGCUCAAUAUUUCAAAGGAUUCAAUUGUUGGAGUUGAUAAAAAAGGAGAUUGUUUUUGGAAGAGGAUUUGUGAAGCUUACAACAAGCACCGCGACAAGAAUUAUCAAGAGAGGAAUUUGUUGGCACUAAAAGGUCGUUGGCACAAAAAGAUUAAUCCAUCUGUUCAAAAAUUUGUUGGGUGCUACAAACAAGCUUUGGCUACAAAGAAAAGUGGGAGCUCUGAGAUAAACAUCAUUUCAGCAGCACAUAAUAUCUAUUACCAAGAUGAGCAUGAAAAAUUCACAUUAGAGGAGGCAUGGAGAUUACUGAAGGAUGAACCCAAAUGGCUCGCAGGUUCAUCGGAACCUUCUGCAAAAAGAACAAAGAAUUCAAUUUCAGGGGCAUAUUCAUCUUCUUCUAAUCCACCUACACCAACAAGCAGUGAGUAUAAUCCAUCAUCACCUACUUUUUUACAUCGUUCAAUUGGCCAAAAAGCGGCCAAAAGGAAGGAGAAAGAAAAGUUUGUAGAAAGUUCUAACCCCAAAGUCGAAUUUAACACAUUGAAAAUUGGUUUCGAUAAAAAAUUGGAAUUAAUGUCAGGGUUUGCACGUGAUUAUGCACGUAUAGAGAGUGAAAGGGUUGAGAUAGAGAAAAAAAAGGUCGAAGGAGAAAUGCAAAGGGCCGAGAAUGAAAAGGAUAGAUUGAAGAUUAAUGAUUUGCAAAUACUCUCAAAGGAUACAUCAAAUAUGAAUCCAAGACAACUGCAAGCUCAUGAAUUAUUGUGCGAAUUGAUUAGCAAAAAAUAUGGACUUAAUUGA